AUGGAUCCUCGACCUAUCACAUGGUGCAGGCGUGAAGCUCGAAUAAAGGUGUACAUUGAUGAUACUAGAGGGCGAUGGUAUGUUGAACAAUUUUGUGAUGACCACAAUCAUACCAUGUUGGAUGCGAGAUUUAUGGGUCUGAUGCGAUCACACAGAUCAGUCAAGGAAGGUAAUUUGCACCAAAUCAAUUCAAUGAGAAAAGCUAGCUUGCGAAUGCCGACAAUAUUCCGCACUUUUGUCAAUCAGUCUGGGGGAUUCAAGACUGUUGAGUUUGAGAUAAAGGAUAUCUAUAACGCAAUAGAGAAGCAAAGGCGGGCGGGCACAACAAAUGCUGAUGCCAGGUUGAAGUUCUUGUCAGGUUUAAGGAGUAAUAAUUGUGGGAUAUUUUGGAAGUACUCGUUGGAUGGUGACAAGAGGCUUUAA